AUGGGGGUUUCCGUGUCGCGCCGCGACGCAACGCCGUGUGCACUCUUGCAGAAGAAAGCGUCGCAGCGCCAACAGCGUCGCAGCGUCGCUCCCGCGUCGCAGCGUCGCAGCGUCGCAGCGCCAACAGCGUCGCAGCGUCGCUCCCGCGUCGCAGCGUCGCAGCGUCGCAGCGCCAACAGCGUCGCAGCGUCGCUCCCGCGUCGCAGCGUCGCAGCGUCGCAGCGUCGCAACAGCGUCGCAGCGUCGCUCCCGCGUCGCAGCGUCGCAGCGUCGCAGCGCCAACAGCGUCGCAGCGUCGCUCCCCGCGACGCAGCGUCGCAGCGCCAACAGCGUCGCAGCGUCGCACGUCGCAGCAGCGCCAACAGCGUCGCAGCGUCACUCCAGCGUCGCAGCGUCGCAGCGCCAACAGCGUCGCAGCGUCACUGGCCCAACGGCAGCGUCGCAGCGUCCCAGCGCCACCCGCCCCCCGGAGCGUCGCAGCGUCGCAGCGUCGCAGCGCCACCCGCCCCCGGGAGCGUCACAGCGCAACGUCGGAAACCCACGCUUCGGCCCCCUUUGUGGGCGCUCGGCAUCUAUUUGAUUAUUCACGCAUCGGCAUCGGCUGAAAUUUUCCCUAAAAACUUUAAGGCAUUGCAUUUGCGGGUAACUUCGCACAAGCUCUCGCUGUGGAUUGACACCGGUGCUGGAGUGGUGGACUAUGACUACCGCGGAGAGGUCGGAGUUGUUCUCUUCAAUCACGGUCCGGAGGACUUCUUGGUAGCUGUUGGGGAUGAUGUGGCCCAGCUCAUUCUGGAGAGUCUCGGAUGGCAACAUCAUUGCAGUUCUGAUGUGCUCUGA